AUGGACAGGGCUGCUGCGGGGACUCCACUUGACCCCCACGAAUCCAGUGGGGAUUGUUGCACUGCUGCUGCGCUGCUUCUUCCAGCAGCAGCAGCAGCAGCAGCAGCAGCAGUCGUUGUUUACGCCGGAAGUGCCCAAAGUGGACUCGCUGCUGCGGCGGAAGGUGCAGCAGCAGCAGGAGCAGCAGCAGCAGCAAGCUUUGCUCUUGCUGCGGCGGCUGCAGCAGGAGCAGCGGGAGCAGCAGGGGCACGGGUGCUGCUGCACCAGCUGCAGCUGCAGCAGCAGCAGCUGCAGCAGCAGCAGCAGCAAGACGCCUUCUUCUACGUAGACAGCUUGUCUCCCGUAGUCCGCAGCAGCAGCAACUUCGAUGCUCUCUUAAUUGCUGCUGGCCACAGCAGCCGCAGCACAGCAGACACCUUUUACUUGGACCCUUCAUUUCGCCUGACGCACCAGGCAGCAGCGCGCCCAGCAGCAGCAGCAGCAGCAGCAGCAGCAGCAGCAGCAGCAGCGGGGACCUGCUGCUGCUGCGGACGCACGGGACUGCGCACCAGCUGGAGCUGCUGGCUCUGGGCCUGCGGCGGGCAAUUUGGUGCUGCGGAGUUUGCAGAAAAGACAGAAUUGACAAAACUCACUUUCCAGUUUUUCACCAGGCUGACGCUGUUUGUGUCUUCGAGCAGCAGCAGCAGCGGCAGCAGCGGCAGCAGCGGCAGCAGCGGCGGCGGCGGCGCGAAAAAAUAUGACCUGCAGACGCUUUACCAGCAGCACAAGGCGCUGCUGGAAGCAGUUGCUGUGGCCAAGCAGCUGCAGCAGCUGCAGCAGCAGCAGCAGCAGCAGCAGCAGCACGGGGAGAGGGAGUGUGAGCUGCGAGCGUCUCUGGCUGCUGCGUCUGCUGCUGCUGGUCUUCCUGCUGCUGCUGUUUUGUCUCUUUGUUCCUUUGCAUGCAUCAAAGACAAAAACCCUUUUUUAAAUAAUGCUGUUGUGCUGCACCUCCAAGUCACCCUCGAGAGGCUGCUGCCAGCCGCAGCAGCCGCAGCAGCAGCAGCAGCAGCACGGCAAGCGCGCGUCGAGCGCGAACAACCCCAGCACCAGCCCUACGAGCCCCAGCAGCAGCAGCCCCAGCCCCAGCAGCAGCAGCAGCAGCAGCAGCAGCAGCAGCAGCAGCAGCAGCGGGGAGUUGGUGCUGCGGUGGGUCUACGACGCCAGUUUUCCCUUCACAAGGGCCCCUUCUGGAAAGCUGCCACCAGCAGCAGCAGCAGCGGCAGCAGCAGCAGCGGCAGCAGCAGCGGCAGCGGCAGCAGCGGCAGCUCGGGCGCUUCUGAGGGCGCGCUUAUCGUGCUGGAGCCCGACUCAGUGCCCACAAUAUCUGAGCAGCUGCAGCAGGAGCAGGAGCAGCAGCAGCAGCAGCAGCAGCAGCAGCAGCAGCAUGAGAUGACAAUCUUGAAGCCGCCUUCUGAUCCUGCAGCAGCAGAAACCCAACCAGAUGCAGCAGCAGCAGCAGCAGCAGCAGGGGACGCUCGAGGGGCCUUCGCGAUCUCUGUGGGCUGCGGGUAUUUCAAUGACCCCCCGCUGCUGCCUGGGACGGCGCAUGCACUUGAGCACAUGAUAUUUCUGAAGUCUGCUGCUGCUGCUAGGCAGCUGCAGCAGCAGGUUGCUGCUGCAGGUAGCUGCAUGCAUGCAUGCGGGGUUUUGUGUCUUGAAGAUUAUUUUUUAUUUUGGGACUUUUGUUUUUCAGGUUUGAUUUAUGAGGGCUUUGCGCUGUCGCAUGCAACUUCUCGGAGUUUCAUUUUGGGGCUUUAUUUGAAGUUAACUGCUGCUGGGCAGCAGCAAUCUGCUGCAGUGCUGCAGCUGGUGCGGCGCUUCGUGCUGCUGCUGCAGCAGCAAAUCGAUGCUGCCUUCAUCAGCAGCCACUUCGAAGGCUUGGGGGCCCUCAGCAGGGCCCUCUGGGGGGCCCUGGACCCUCUGGACCCGCUGCAGCAAGUAACAGCAGCAGCAGAAGCAACUUUGCUGCUGCCUUCUCGCCCAGACAUAGCCCUCAACACUGGCCUUUGUCUCCAGCCGCUGCAGCAGCAGCAGCAGCUUGCUGCUGUCAAGCAGCU